AUGGCCACGAAUGGCAUGAGGCUAGCAUCCCACGAAGGAGCCCAAUUCUCCGCGAACGCACGAUCUGAGGCAGUCCCAGCGUUUACCUCCAACGAUGGCGUUUCGUACCUUCGGAAUCCGGAUACCGGAUCAGAGAUUUGGCUUGUCGGGGUCGUGCACGGCCAAGAAACCAGCGUGGAGCUGUCGAAGAGCGUGGUCCGGACAACUAGGCCGCAAGUCGUCAUGUUAGAACUUGAUUCAAAACGCCUCGACGACUUGCCACCAGGAGAAGCUCAAAAGGCUGAGGACGGGCUGACCUGGUUUAUGCCGGAGAAACAACCGGACGACGCCGUUGCUCAAUACGUCACCUUGGAGGGCGGUGGCGACGACGUUGAGUUGUCUCGCGGCGACAGGUGGAAAGGGCCGUUUUCUUUCAUGUCCAGCUCGAGGGCGAAGUCGUUCGUGGGGGCCAUCAAAGCCAUGGUCGACGUUUUUGAGGAGGAAGAAGUCAGCGAAAUGGAAGUUGCAGUGCUUGAGGCUCAAGCCUGCGGUGCUCGGGUUCUCCUUGGGGACAGGGAUUUCGAGGAGACUAAGCGAAGGCUAGUGGCAGCGGGGCUUGCGGACACAGUAGGUGACGAACGGCUGGAUGAUCCGGAAGCCUUGUUGAACGACUCCAUGUCCGUGUCGAACAGGAAGAAGUUCGCUGGCCUGGAUUUAAGGAAGCCGGAAACGCGUGAGACUGCGGGAGAACACUACGCUGCUAUGAAACGUCUGUCCAACCAACGGGCCCUUGAGGCUAUGGUCCCUGAGCGAGAUGAGGUGAUGGCGAGCAACCUCAUGACCAUAAAAGGGAAGCCCAUCACGGUAGCCCUCGUUGGACUAUUUCACGUGGACGGCAUCGAAAGGAUCCUGAAGCGCAACGGUUGGAACCACGGGCCGGCAUAACCGCCCCUUCGCGAACGCACCCGUCCAUCAAUUCCGCCGUGGCAAUGUCACCAUGGGCGAGCUUUGAGUGCGCUGGGAGCUCUUGGCACUGCUGAGAAUGCAUCGGCGCUGUGUAGUAGGAACGUUGAUGUCCUGACUCUUCCUAGCGGAUGCGAGGUCACGUGAUGAUCGGCAACGGAGGAGAUUCCGGUCCGGAAACCUGGGUGCGUGGUGAGCACGACAUAUACAGCACUGGCUAGGCCUGUGCGAGUCGUGCAUGCGCCAUCUCUCGGUGUGCUCAGUUUAUUUUGUGAACGACCCGAGGGCCAAGGCAAAGACAGGCACCUGCCUCCCCUGGAGCGACAUGCCCACCCCGUACCGUAUGGCUCGGCAUGGAACAGGUGCCAUCCAAUGCUUUCGAGAACAGUAAACGCUCCACCGGACUGAGUGGAGACUACACGACGCCCGCGCGUUCCACUAGGCGGGCUGUGGACAAGUGAUUGCUCAACGCCGCAGGUGCGAAAGUGUUACACCUGUAGCGAGACGUCCGUUCCGUGAAACCAACGCCGGAGGUUGCAGCUGAGAGCGGAAACCUUGGAAAAGAAGGAUGUUGGCGGGUGAAAUGGCGUGACACCUGACGGGAAUGCUGCCAUGACAAACCAGACGAGCCAGCGACUUCCGGCGGAUGUACGAACCACCGGGCGUUGGAAGAAUGUUCUCGUGAGCUAGCUCGAAAAUCACUGCCGCGGCACAACGCUUAGCAAGACCUUCGGAUAUCUCAACGCUGAACGCACAUGUGCGCUUGGUCCACCGCUAUUGCGACGAGGCAAGCCCACCGACCGCAGCAAGCACCCGUCCUGCUGCCUAGGCAGACUAGGAGGCUGUAUUGGGGACGCAAAGGACACAAGCGGCUUAACGAGGGUAGCGACAGCGGAGAUCGUUAGAGGAACGAAGACGGAGAGGGUUGACACG